CUGACUUUCAAAACGUAUAAAUACGGCAGCGAAUGCCAUCCGAACUUCCAACGAGUACCAGCAAUGGCGAGUGUCUCCAUCACCAGCACCAUCAGCUCAUUCUCACCCUCGUUCGUUCUCUGUCCCCCAAUCGCACGUACAUCCUCCAGGCCUUUGCACGUGCCAACUCCGCCGGGUGUUGCGUUCUCCGGCCGCCUAUAUCAUCACCGUAAACCGAGAGGGUUGGCGGUGGUGACGCGUGCGGGUCCCAACACCAGUAGCUACGUGUUUGCGGUGGUGUUCCCGCUGUCUCUCCUGGCGGUUACCAUCUUCACUUCUAUCAAGAUUGCUGAUAAGCUUGACAAAGACUUCCUCGAAGAUCUUACCAUUAAUCAAGCAAUAAGAGAAGGAGAUGAAGACGAUGGUGGUGAUGAUGACGACGAUGGUGAAAUUUCUUUGGAGGAAAUAGUGCAAGAACCCGUGCUUCCACGUACUCGAAACCGACCCAAGAGGGAAGUGUAGGCAGCAUAUCUUUGUUCCAUACUUGUAUUAACUGGAUAAUUUUUUUCUGAAUGUAGAUGUACUCAUAGAAAGAUCCAUCCGAAUAAUGAAAUUUGUGGAAAAAAGCAUUUGAUUUUGGGCUUCUUAUUUGAACUUUA